GUAGAUCUUCCCGAGAUGUUGCAGCAAGCCUAUAAGUCGAGUCAUUAUCACGAGACUUUGGAAGAACACAAAGAAGAGAAUAUUCGUCGACAGCAGGUGCCCGACUACUUCUGCAGAACAACUGAUGUACAAGAGGAUAGCCGUAGCGAAUUUAAAAUGGAAACGCACAUGGAUAAAACCUAUAGUAUCUUCGGCGGGAAGACAGAUGAUUCACCUCUCUUACUUUAUUGUGAUGCAUCAGCUAUGGAACGAGAAGUAGCUAGAGCAGUCAACCUCAAUGCCAGAAAAAAUACUGACUUAGCAAAGGCAGGAAUCUUCAACUACGAAACAUACAAUGCCAUUCUGAAUAUGGAAAACCCAAAUGCUUUACUGACCACUGGGCAAACCUUUACCAAGAAAUCAGUCCAACAAAUGAUCGAUGAAACUUUUUGGUUGCCUUUCGUAGAAGAAAUUGAUGACAACAUGGGUUAUGAAGAACUUUCUGUUAUGAGACAUCCGGCGCAAUUACACCAUUACGAAACCUAUAUGUCGAAGUAAUGCAAAAGAAGUCUAGAAAACUGCUACAGAGUUUUCAAUAACUUUAUUAUGUACAUUCAUAUAAUUGCACUCUAUUAAAAAUAAAUUAAAAGAAAAACUAGAAUUUUAUCACUUUCGUUUCAUGAGGUCCGAGCAUUGGAUCAUACAUGAUGUAUCCUAAAAAAGAAAAUAUUACUUUGCGAAUAAAUCA